AUGUGCAAUAAAGAUACCUGCUGCUCGCUGUUGAUGGCCACGCUGUUGCUGCUGCUGCUGCUGCCUUUGCUUCUGAGUCGCUUCCUCAUUCUCCUCGUUUUUCUCUUGCCCUGCCUUCGAAACUUGAAACUCCUCACUACUACAACUGCCCACACGCAUCUUGUUGCUGUUUCCCCCCCAUUUCUGCUGCUGCUGCUGCUGCACUUGCUACCGGUGCUGCUGCUGCUGGUCUUGGUGGGGCUGCUCGUCGUGGCGGCGUCGCUGCUGCUGCGGUGCGUGUUCUGUUCCUGCUGGCUGCUACUGUCAAGAGAGCAGGCGCAAGGACGGCUGGAGCCGCCUGCACGAACCAACGUGCCCCUACUCCCGCUGUUGCUGCUGCUAGUGAAGCUUCCUCCGUGGUGCUACGCUCCGCUAGAGCCUCCUUACGGAAGCUGCAAACACUACAUGUAUGAAGGGACUGCUGUUGGCGGUGACGCCGCUGCUGCUGCCGUUGCUGCCGUCGCCGCUGCUGGUCCUCUUGGGAUAGAUCACCGGUCGGCCCAGCUGCAUAUAUUGAAGGGAGAUGAAGCAUAG